AUGGUUGAUAAAGAACUGAAAAAGAAGAGAACGACUCUGGAAAAGGAAAAAGCCUUACUCGAUGAAUUUGAACCUCCUCUGGCGAAUCAAUUGAAAACAAAUCGGAUUGCUCGUACAGAAAAACUCAAUGUCCUUGUAGCCCCGGACGACGAAAUUCUGUCUAUAAUAACAGAAAAGCAAAUCGAGGAUGAAAUCAAGGAAAAUGGAAGCUUCAGAGAAUCUAUUCAUCAAAUAUAAUGGAAAUUGACGAAACUUUCAACGCAGUUGAACUGGAAAAGGCAGGAAAUACAGAUAAGUCAAUUCCUCUCUCUAAGUCUAAUUAGCUUACUGAAAGUCUUGGAAUCAGAAAGGAAAAACUGUCGAAGAUUUAUCUUAAGAAGUUCUGUGGUGAUCCCAUUUCCUUCAAUACAUUCUGGGAAUCAUUUGCAAGUGCUGUCGAUGACAACCCUAGUUUAUCAGAUGGUGAUAAAUUCAAUUAUUUGAAAAAUAUGUUAGAAGGGUCAGCCGCAGGAGGCGUUCGAGGGCUUACGCUUACAGCAGAAAAUUACGAGAAAAAACCAUCAUCGUCAUGUAUUUAUUUAAAGAAAUAUAAGGUUUACAAAACUUCAUGUCCUGCAAAUAGCUACAAUGCUAAUCUAGGCAGGAUAAGACUUUAACUAAAGGCGUUAUUAAAUUACAUAAGAAAAAAGAAAAGAAGAAAUACAAAAACAUACAGAAAGAAACACCUUACAUAUAAAUUCAAGUACAAGGGAUUUUGUUAUUUGAAAAAGACUAAAAUUACAACUAGAGGUAUAUACAAUAUAUACCGAUUUGUACAACCCCAGGUAAUCAUUAAUGCUCACACGGAGGGAUUAGUGAAAGUAUCAGCUGUAAGAGUGGACAAUGUCUGAGACGUCUACGCCUUCUUUAUGAUCGAGUCAAAGCACACGUUCGGGCUUUACAAGCCCUAGGAAUAAACUCUGCAUUGUUUGGGAAGCUUUUGAUUCCCCUUUUCAUGGGAACAUUACCUCCGAAUAUGCGCUUGAAAAUUUCAAGGGUCGCGGAUCAAACAGAAUGGAAAUUAAGAAAAUUCAAGAAAAUUUUGAAGAACGCGAAGUUGAAGUAUGACGAGCUUUUGACUGCAGUGGUGGGAGUGGAAUGUGUACCGAGGAACCCCUUACGCCUUCCCAUCUUUUGA